AUGAAGUUAAUAGUGAUAUUUUACAUAGCUGUUAGCCUACUAGUAAUUUCAAAGACUGCAAUUUCAAAGAAGUUUGAUGAAAAUAAAAAACCAGGAUGGGCUAAAAAAGAUAUCAGAGAUUUUACAGACGCUGAUAUGGAGAGACUACUAGAACAGUGGGAAGAAGAAGAUGAUCCUUUGGAACCAGAUGAACUUCCAGAACAUUUAAGACCGGCUCCAUCGAUUGAUAUGUCCAAAAUUGAUCCAAGCAAUCCCGAAGCACUUUUACAGCAAACGAAAAAAGGCAGAACUGUAAUGAUGUUUGUAUCAGUUACUGAAAAUCCAACGAAAGAUGAAGCAGAAGAAAUUACAAAGCUUUGGCAAACAAGUUUAUGGAACAAUCAUCUUCAAGCUGAACGAUACAUGAUUGAUACAAAUAGAGCAAUUUUUAUGUUUAGUGACGGUUCGCAAGCAUGGAAGGCAAAGGACUUUUUAGUUGAGCAGGAGAGAUGUGAAAGCGUUACUCUAGAAAAUAAAGUUUAUGAAGGAAAUAAGUCAAGUAAUGAUAAAGAGGAACUUUAA